GGCAGCAGCCCAAAGAUCAUGCAGCUACUGCACAUUCUGCUGUCGAAGAUCAUGGAGCUUAAAUCACUGCAGGUGUUGAGUAUGUUCUGAGGCUUGGAUUGCAGUGGACUCAAUUUCUUAACCCGUUACAGCAAAAAAGCAUGGACAACUUGUGGCCAACCAGGUGGUAGUGGAGUUGGGCUCUCCUUUCUUGCUGGGCGACUAGUGGUGGAUGACUAAGGUUUAGCAUGUGGAAGGAAGGGGGAGAGAAUGAAGCCUUCAGGUUCGUGAGCAUGCGAGAAGAUUAGGAAAGGGGUCUUUUGUUGUGUCAGUUUACUUGUUCUGUGUCUACCUUGUGUUUGUUAAAAUGCCUUUGCAGCUGCGGAAUGCGGUAGUCCCACGAGAGUCGCAUGGACAAGGAAUCGAAUUCUUAUGGUGGCUGCGUGCAGAAUGCCUAACACACACCGAUCGAAGAAUUGCAGCCAGAGCAUCAAGAGCGUCCAUUAUGUUAGAAGACAUUAUGGAAUAUGUAUUAUGCAAUUUGCAUAAUGUUCAGAAAAGUUUGCACUUUUGGCAAUCUCGAGCUGAGGGAACAAAUGCUCGGAAGAUUUAUUUCAUGAUCUUUGAAAGAGGACCAUUGGCCUUUAUUGAUGGUGCUUAUGAAAUGAUAAGCAGACUUGGCCCCGGUGGCGCUCCAUUUCAGCAUCUAUCUCAUGCUGCUUCCAAUACAAUAUCUCACAAAAUUGCUAGUUUGACCAUUCUAAGGCGCUGCCUCGCCGAUUUUCUUGCACAGGUUUAUUUGGAAGUUAACAAGUAUGGUGGAACGUUGAUUGAAGAUGCUGACAAGUCACUGCCUUUUGUGCUGCUGUCCAUAAAUAGCCUUUUCGUAAAACUAGAAGCUUCCAUUUCCCAAGCACAUGAACUGCUUGUAGUUCAUAAUAGUGACAAGUCCUCUGUGGAUCAGAACGGCUCAUAUAUACUUCACUUCGAGAAAAUACCUGAGGUGGACCUUGAAAUAUCUCAGUGGACGGAGACUAAUAUAAGGGAUACUACAGAUCUGAUUUAUCAGAAUAUCCAGAGAUUAGAAUCAUAUUUAUCUUUCAUUCUUUCCACAUGUCAAAAACCAAAGAGAUUGACAUUAUAUUGGUUACAUUACACCUGCGGUGCAGUUGGCCUGUCACUAUGUUCAGUGUGGCUCUUGCGGCAUAGUAGUUUGACGGGAAGCUCUGACAUAGACAAUUGGAUCUGUGAAGCAAAGGAAUCUGCAACUGGAUUUCUGAAGGAUCAUGUUGAACAACCACUUAUUUCCAUCAGAGAUGAACUUUUUGAAACAUUUAGGAGGAGACAUAAAGGCGUGAUGGAAAUAGAAGAGGUGCAGUUGACUGCCGAUUCUUUACACAGGAUGUUGUUGGCUUUCUGUGAGCAAACAAAAGGUCGAAAGCUACCAGAGAAUAUUCCAGAUCAGGAAAUGCUGGAAAUGGUCAUGGCCAGAUAUGAGAAAGAGGUGAUGCACCCGCUUCAAAAUCUCUUGAGUGGAGAGCUUGCUCGAGCAAUGCUUAUUCAGAUUCAAAAGCUGAAGCUGGAUCUUGAGACAGCAAUGCUUGAGCUGAAUCAGAUUCUUAAGGCAAAUGAAAUAAAUUUUGCUAUUCUAGCUGCUCUACCAGCCUUUUUUCUUUCUCUUCUUCUGCUUGUGUUGGUACGGGCAUGGGUUAUUCAGGAUAAAGGUGCAGAAGGCAGAGGGAGAGUUGCUCGCAGGAAAAGGCGGCUUCUUGUUGUUGAAGUUGAGAAAAGACUGGUGCAGUUCCAGACUUGCAUGGAUGAAGGGAAGGAGGAUGAUGCUCGAUGCUUGUAUGGAUUGGUGUUGUGUAGUCUUGAUCACCUGUACAAGGCAGUGGAAAGUCAUGCAAAGGAAACCGGCGAGUGGAUAAGCCUGCGACAGGAUAUUGUGGACUUAGCUAAGCCGGAUUUGAAAACCAUAUACAAGCUUACUGUUACUUCAAGAAUGGGGAGGAUGUAUGAUUGCUUGCUUCCUUCUUCAAAGCGGCAGUGAUCAACGAUUUCAGUUUUUCACCUUUCAGACUUCUAUUAUUAAAUAGCUCGGCAGGGAUUAAGUUUUCAUCCACACUAUGACUUACAAUAUAUAUUGUUACUUUGCAUAUGUAAUCUUUAAUUGACAUUGUCACUUUUGUGUUUUUUCUGUUUGUUUUACA